UGUCUCAGCCUCGCUGCUAUACUUUCGGUUUGUGUUUCGCUGCGGUGGAAGAGGAGGCGAGCGAGCCCCAGCCCUGAUGUCCGAGCCGGGGAGUCCUUAAACGUGUCUUGACAGGGCCCGUUCGUUGGCUUCGCCCCCGGAGGUGCGCGAGGAAGCAGCCUGUAAUAAAGAGCCGCGGCGACGUCACGAGCUAGGCCUCCUGCCAACCCCCCAGGGGCAGUAAUAUACGCCCAUAGGCAGGUUUGGACCUGCCAUAAGACCAUAAAGAAGCUUGUCUCUUUAAGAUGCUGUAUGGUCAGGUUUUUAGUUCCCAGAACCAUCUUGAUUUACUUCCUGGCCUUGGAUCUUCCUGUUCUCAGAGAAAUUAUGGCAGUUUGUCUGUUAUUUCUGCUCACGUGGGUUUUGAUGGCAGAUGCCAGAUUUCGCUUUGCCUCCUACUUUGCUGACCACAUGGUGCUACAGAAGGGUCCAGCUUGUGCAGUUUUAUGGGGCUAUGGAGAAGCUGGUGCAAAUCUAACAGUGGUAGUUUACCAGGGCAAUAAGAUUGUUAUGGAGAAAAAAGCACAGGCUGACGUCUUUCAGAUCUGGAAGGCAGUCCUGAAUCCCAUGCCCCAGGGUGGUCCUCAUACCAUUGAGGUACAUCAGUUCUAUAAAGGCAAGGAUUCUAACAUUACACUGCAAGAUGUCUACUUUGGAGAUGUCUGGCUGUGCAGCGGCCAGAGUAACAUGGAGAUGACAGUUGCUCAGAUAUUCAACGCUAGCAAGGAGCUUGCAGAGGCUUCACGCUUUCCGUAUGUGCGUGUGUUCGCAGCUUCUCUGGCUAUGUCUGAAGAGGAACUGCGGGAUCUUCCCGAUAUUGAUUUGCAGUGGUCUUUGCCAACAGCUGAAAACUUGGGCCACGGGACCUUUGGUUACUUCUCAGCUGUGUGCUGGCUGUUUGGACGGUACCUGUAUGAGACGCUGCAGUACCCCAUAGGACUGGUAGAGUCCUCCUGGGGAGGGACCCCAAUUGAAGCCUGGUCCUCUCAGAAGGCACUGCAGGAAUGUGCUCUCUCAAAGGACCGCAAAAGAGUCCCUGUCUCCUAUCUUCAUUCUGGCCCUAAAGAAUACUCUGUGCUCUGGAAUGCGAUGAUCCACCCUCUUCUCAAUAUGACCCUCCAAGGGGUUAUUUGGUAUCAAGGUGAAGCAAACACUUUAAUGAACACCGAUCUGUACAACUGCACGUUCCCGGCACUCAUUGAAGACUGGCGGAAAGCUUUCCAUGAAGGGUCAGUUGGGCAAACAGAUCGAUACUUCCCCUUCGGCUUUGUCCAGUUAUCUACAGAGAGCCAUGAAGAUGUUAGUGACAGCUUUCCGCGUGUCCGAUGGCAUCAAACAGCGGACUAUGGCUAUGUCCCCAAUAAGAAAAUGCCCAAUACUUUUAUGGCCGUUGCCUUAGACCUCUGUGACAGUUCUUCUCCGUAUGGCAGUAUUCACCCCCGUGAUAAACAGACUGUGGCCUAUAGAUUGCACCUUGGUGCUCUGGCAAUGGCUUAUGGUAAGGACAACCUAACCUUCCAAGGUCCAUACCCUCAACAAGUGCAGGUGGAUGUAGCCCUUAAGGUGCUGAAUGUCACCUACAAUCAAAAUAUCCAGCUCGACCACAUGGACAGCAAGGUGUUUGAGGUGUGCUGCUCUGACCCAGCUCUGUGCCUGUGGAACCCAAUACCUAUCAGAACUGCCUCCUUCCGCACAGUGACUCUACACAACCUGACUUGCCCUGAAACAGUGACUGGCCUGCGCUAUGCAUGGACUGAGUGGCCUUGCGAGUACAAACAGUGUCCCCUUUAUAACAUGGAAUCAUUGCCUGCCCCUCCAUUCAUUUCAUAUUCUCGCAAUAACUCUAAUUGGGUUGUGGCAUGAAUGGUAUCGGACUGAUGAGUUCUAAUUUUGUUCCUGCCCUGCGUGGCUGACUGAUCCAUGCAGAACCACUAUUCUUACUGGCAAUUUCUCUUGAAGUAGUACAUUUUCAGUGCGAUCAUGAAGAAAAAUCAUGAUACAUGAUACUUGCUCCCUUGCACAUAGGGAUGAACAGGUGGCUAUUAAGAAUUACUGUUUGCUAUAUUACGUGUCCCACCUUGCACCAGUCAGCAUGAACAAUCAUACCAAAUGCUGUAGUGAAACACUGUAGAUCAGGUGUGCCUCUUAUCAGCACAUCCCAUUCAUCCCUGCACCAUAACCCUCAAAAAUGCAUACUAGAAAUAGAAGGAAAUUGUAAUCAUUGGAUCACUAUGACGCUUUGAUCUGUCUGCCUUCUCCCAUGCCUAUUUCAUAUUGAAAGAAGACUACUCGGAUAAAAUGCUUUAUCUUCGACUGUGAAAGGAUCUGGCUUAAUAAAGCAUGCCAAGUGAACUAAGAUCUUCUGGUACCUGUAUGGCACACCCACUGUGAGAGGCAAGCUUGUAGAGCAGGGGUAUUGGCCAUGCUGGUAGGGGCUGAUGGGAAUUGUAGUUCCUGAACAUCUGGAGAGCCGCAGGUUCCCUACCCCUGUUGUAGAGCAAGGCCUUUCCUGUGGUAGCCCCAGAUUAUGGAACUCCUGCCUGAAAAUGCUCACCCCGUUUGCUUUUGGUAUUCUGGAAUUUGAUCAAGACACUUGUUUGGAAGGACAUUUAAUGGUUUUUCUCUAAUGUUUAAUCAAUUCUGGGGGCUUUUGUUGGUAUCUCUUCUAUGAUUUUUAUUGACUGAGUUUUUAAAAUCUUACCGGUAUUCGCCGAUAUUUUAUGAAGUGCAAGUAUUAUUGUUUUUAUCAGAAUAACUAAACAUAAAGCACCUUUUUCUUUUGUACUGCAAGCUAAUUUGUUUUUUUAAA